AUGUUUCCAAUAAAUGUUGCAAAUUGUCACUGGUCGCUUGUGGUUGUUUAUCCGAAGUCCAACAUUCUCUGCUAUUAUGACUCCUACCACAACAUUGACAUAUCCGCAAUAAAUUCACUUGUCGGUUUUAUAACAACUUCUUAUGAAAUACGUGGACGUGCAGUUGGUCUGGAAAACUGGUUAAUUCUUGCUCCGAACCAAAUACCCAAACAACAUGAUUCUUGUAGCUGUGGUGUUUAUACCUGUAUGAAUGCGUUUUACUCAAUAAACCCACAUGAACGUAUUUAUUCAACAAACGACAUUGACAACAUACGGUAUUGGAUUGUCCAUCGUCUGUUGACAUCACAUGGUGCCAAUCGUGUUAAAAUGAAAGUUAAAAACGUGGCUUAUCAGAUUAAUCGUGUUCAAUUGAGCAAUGAAAAGAUUAUAACUGUUUUACCAGAACUUAAACAUAGCGAUAACUCCAAAGUAUUUGUACUCAUUGCAAAAGCUGCUGAGAAACGGCGAAGUUUUUGGAAAAUGGAGCAAGACAAAAAGGAUUUGCGAGCUUUGGUCGACGGAGGUAAUUAGUAACCUCGUGUGCACAAUUUCAAUAAAUUAUUUUAUAUGCAUGCAUGUUUUGUUUUCUUUCAUAAAGUCGAUGAAACAUAUGAAGAGGACGAAUAUCAACCUCAUCAAGAACAAGGACAUUCAAAUACAAAGAUAUAA